AAUCUAUGUGUUGUAAUGGGACGACAGGCUGCCUCAGCGGUGCUGGCUCCAGUAAAAGUGCUGAACGAUGGCAAUAAGAUGCCAAUGCUUGCACUUGGGACGCAUAAUUCAACUAAAGAAGCAGCGGUUACAGCAACUAUCUCAGCCAUCGAGCUUGGUUACCGGCACAUUGAUACUUCAGUCAUCUACGAGAAUGAGGAGCAAAUAGGCAGAGCCAUCGCUGAUGUGGUGAAGCGAGGGAUUGUGAAGAGAGAGGAUCUUUUUAUUACAACCAAGCUUUGGAAUGACAAGCACUCCAGAGAAGACGUAGUUCCAGCGUUAAAAGAAGCUUUGGCAAGGCUCAACUUGACUUAUGCAGACUUAUACCUCAUACAUUUCCCCAUUGGUGAAAAGGCUAAUGAUAAACUGGCGGAUAUAGACUACCUUGAAACAUGGAUGGGCAUGGAGGACGCGAAAAAGCUAGGGCUGGCUAAAUCCAUCGGAGUGUCCAACUUCAACCGCGAGCAGAUAGACAGGAUCAUCGCCAACAGCCACACGAUACCUGCGGUGAACCAGAUAGAGGUGAGUCCAUCUCUGACGCAAGAAUCAUUAGUAUCCUACUGCCAGAAGAAAGGAAUCGUGGUCAUGGCCCACAGCCCAUUCGGCUUCAUGGUGGACCGAGAGUCUCUGGAGUCCCCACCUCCUGCAGCUGAUGACCCGGUGCUGACGAAGAUAGGGAAGAAAUAUGGAAAGACUACGUUCCAAGUGGUGCUGCGGUAUUUGGUUGAUCGUGGAACAGCUCCUGUGCCCAAAUCAUCAGACAGGAAUCGCCAAAAGCAGAAUAUCGACAUUUACGAUUUCAAACUGACAGAAGAAGAGAUUGCAGCUAUCAACAAAUUUAACAGCAAUACCCGAGUUAUCAAGGGUGUAUUCUGGUUCGAUCACCCGUAUUACCCUUUUAAUAAAGAUUAGAUUAACUGAUGUGAAAUAAGUAGGAAUAAAUAUUAACCAGGCGCAUAUGAAUUAAACAUAUUUUCAAACUCGUUAACCCUUAAAUGUAUAGUGAUGUAUAUAUGCAUCAUGCAUUUUUGACUCUAUUGGCAGCAUGUCAGAAUUCAAAUUUAAAUAAAUCUUUGUCAAGGUCAUGCAUUUAAGGGUUAAUACUGUACUUUGUGAUCCUUUGUGUACCAAUAUCUAUAGAAUCAGCACCAUAUUCGUAGUAAAUGUAACGAAAAAUUAGAUUUUAAUUUUUGAUUUUUGAGUUAAACAUACUAUAUCAGUAUUUCUUGCAUCAUAAUUAUGAUGCUUAAUGCAUCAUAAUUAUAAUGAUUAACCAAAGUGUUAAUAGAGUUUUGCAUUGAGUUACUCAAAUCGGUACUUUAUUAAAUAUUAAGAUAUCGGAAAUAAAACACAAGAGUAGGUACUCAAAAUAGUAGGUUCCUCAUUAAAAUAUUUGUCAAUUAAUUGUAUUAUUCUAGAUUUCCCCAUUUGUAAUUUUAACUUAAAUUACUUAUAACAUUAUAAUUAUAAAAUACCUA